AUGGUCGCCCCUCAUCGACCUCAGAAGCCUGCCUUGGCUCUGCUAGGCACAUUGCUAUGCUCUCUCCUCGCGAUCGCUAGCGCUGCCGUCGUAGAACAGCACUGGAACAUCAACUGGGUUCCCGAUCAAAACCCAGACGGUCUCUUCCCUCGCUCCGUCAUUGGCGUCAAUGGCACCUGGCCUCCUCCGAUCAUCAAUGUCAAUGCAUCCGAUACCGUCCGCAUCACCGCCACCAACAACCUCGAGACUGGCGUCGGUACCUCUCUCCACUCCCACGGCAUGUUCUUUAACCGCACAGGCUACUAUGACGGCGCUGUGGCUCUCACCCAAUGCCCUAUCCCUCCUGGCCAGUCGUUCACCUACGAGACGCUCAACUCUCCCGCAUCGCCGGCGGACCGUCGCAAGCAGAUGGGUACCUUUUGGAUCCACGCUCACAACAACGAUCAGUACACCGACGGUCUUCGAUCUCCUGUCAUCAUCCACCCCGACGAGCCCGUCGACAUGCAUUACAGCUACGACGAUGAUUACACCGUCAUCCUUGGCGAUUGGUACCACUCGAACUACACCGAUUUGGUCAAGAACGAAUUUAUGAACCGCAAGAACCCGACCGGCGCGGAGCCUGUCCCCAAGUCUGGUCUCAUCUACUUUGCUCACACUUCGAACAAGACUUCUGCGGCGACGUACUUGCCCGGUUUCAGCGAGAACGCUACGCUUCCGUUCGAAGCGGGUAAGACGUACAGGUUGCGCGUCAUCAACAUGUCGGCGCUGGCUGCGUUUUACUUCUACCUCAGUGGUCACGAUAUGCAGGUUAUCGAGAUCGAGGGGGUUGAUGUGGAGCCUAGGGCUGUUGAUUUCUUAACCAUUUCGGUUGCUCAGCGUUUCAGUGUUUUGGUCACUGCGAGGAACGAUUCCGAGCCUCAGAACUGGAAGUUGCACGCCAACAUGGACGAGGACAUGUUUGAUGUUGUUCCUAGUGACCUUCAGCUCAAUGUCUCGGCUACCAUCUCGUACCCGAACGCUCCGAAGGACGCGUACGGGCCGGAAAAGAUCAUUGAGGAAUACACCUACUUUGACGAUCUCCAGUUCAGCCCCAUCAACGCCGAGCCUAUGGUGAAUCCCGAUGCGGUGCACCGUCUGGAUGUCUCGUUCGACACCAUGUCGAAUGGUGAAAACUACGCCGCCUUCAACAACAUCUCGUACAUUGCUCCUCAAACGCCCGCGCUCUUUUCGGCCGAAUCUAUGGGUGCUCUCGCGUCCAAUCCUGCCAUCUACGGUCCUAACUCGAACGCCUUUGUCAUGAAGCACAACGACAUGAUCGAGGUCCAGCUGUUCAACUGGGACGCUGGUAAACAUCCGUUCCAUCUUCACGGACAUCACUUCCAGGUGGUUCACAAGUCGCAAGACGUCACCUCGGACGAUCCUCUCAUCAACCCGCCGUUCAAUGCCUCGCAAGUCAACCCGAUGCGACGUGAUACCGUUAUGGUACCACCAGGCGGCUCGGCAUUUUUGCGCUUCAGAGCUGACAACCCAGGCGCGUGGUUCUUCCACUGUCACAUUGAUCCACACCUCGUCUCUGGUUUGGCGUCGAUCUUUGUCGAAGCACCGGAUGUGCUGAGCGACAACUAUCUGAACGUGCCGAGCUUUAUCAAGGAUCAGUGUCGCGCGCAGGGGAUUGCGGCGACGGGCAAUGCGGUGGGCUUGAACUCCACGACCGACUUCCAGGGUCUCGCAAAGGGUCCUACCUACCUGGAGUCUGGGUGGACGGGGAGGGCGAUCGCUGCGUUUACCGGAUGUAUUGUGACGGGUCUGCUCGGGCUGGCUACGGUGGUAGUGUACGGAUGGCAUUCGGGCGAGGACGAGGAGGAUGAGGAGGGCGAGGAGGAUAAACCGUAUGAUAAGGGUCGAAAGGCCGUCACGAACGGGACGGGAGCUUUUGCGUCGGAUCUGAGCAAUGCUGGUUGUGCAGAGCUGCCGGCCGAAGGGUUGUCGUCAUCGGCGCUGACGUCUGACGACAGUUCUGGCAACUUCGGGCUGCACAGCCGCAAUGAAAAUGCUCGGACCCAUUCUCUGCUGGCCUAG